GCCUCAAUCAAGGUAAGGCUCUCCCCCUAGAGCUAGAGAGCAAGUUAAUGAGCUUUGUACAAAUACACACAGACCCACACAUCCGGGGAUGGCUGUGUGUUGCUAGAGCAGAGGCUGAUUAAACACUCAGUGCGUUGGCUGUCUGUGCCACUCCUGGAAAAUAAUGAAUUGGGUAAGGAACAGUUAAUAAGAAAAUGUGCCUUGCUAACUGUGCACAUUACAACAAAGAGCUGGCAGCUCCUGAAGGAAAAGGGCUUGUGCCGCUGCCGUUCAAACUUGUCAGUCAACUCAUGCCAGCAGCCUCAGCGUCUGCCUCCCCAGCACACCCUCAUUACAUGUGUCUGUCUGGCCUGAUCUGUGCAUCUGCUCCGAGACGCUCCUGACAAGUCGGGAAUUUCUCCAUUUCUCUACUGGCGCAAAGAGCGGAUUUCUCCCUGCUUCUCUUCUGUCACCCCCGCUCCUCUCCCCCAGGAGGCUCCUUGAUUUAUGGUCGCUUUGGACUUGCUUCCCCGUCUGCCUGUCCUUGACUUCUAGGAUGGAAGAAGCUGAGCUGGUGAAGGGAAGACUCCAGGCCAUCACAGAUAAAAGAAAAAUACAGGAAGAAAUCUCACAGAAGCGUCUGAAAAUAGAGGAAGACAAACUAAAGCACCAGCAUUUGAAGAAAAAGGCCUUGAGGGAGAAAUGGCUUCUAGAUGGAAUCAGCAGUGGAAAAGAACAGGAAGAGAUGAAGAAGCAAAAUCAACAAGACCAGCACCAGAUCCAGGUUCUAGAAGAAAGUAUCCUCAGGCUUGAGAAAGAGAUCCAAGAUCUUGAAAAAGCUGAACUGCAAAUUUCAACGAAGGAAGAGGCCAUUUUAAAGAAACUAAAGUCAAUUGAGCGGACCACAGAAGACAUAAUAAGAUCUGUGAAGGUGGAAAAGAAAGAAAGAUCAGAAGAGUCAAUUGAGGACAUCUAUGCUAAUAUCCCUGACCUUCCAAAGUCCUAUGUACCUUCUAGGUUAAGGAAGGAAAUAAAUGAAGAAAUAGAAGAUGAUGAACAAAAUAGGAAAGCUUUAUAUGCCAUGGAAAUUAAAGUUGAAAAAGACUUGAAGACUGGAGAAAGUACAGUUCUGUCUUCAAUACCUCUGCCAUCAGAUGACUUUAAAGGCACAGGAAUAAAAGUGUAUGACGAUGGGCAAAAGUCAGUAUAUGCAGUAAGUUCUAAUCACAGUGCAGCAUACAAUGGCACCGAUGGCCUGGCACCAGUUGAAGUAGAGGAACUUCUGAGACAAGCCUCAGAGAGAAACUCUAAAUCCCCAACAGAGUAUCAUGAGCCUGUAUAUGCCAAUCCUUUUUAUAGGCCUACAACCCCACAGAGAGAAACAAUGACCCCUGGACCAAACUUUCAAGAAAGGAUAAAGAUUAAAACUAAUGGACUGGGCAUUGAUGUAAACGAAUCCAUAUACAAUAUGGACGAUGGACUUUCCAAGGAAAGGGGCAACAGCUUCAAUCAUAUCAGCCCCAUCUGGCCAGUACCUCACCCCCGAUCAGUGAUUCAAAAGGCAGAAGAAACAGUACACACCCCACAAAAGAGGCUGAUGACUCCUUGCGAAGAAUCAAAUGUCAUGCAGGACAAAAAGGCACCCUCUCCAAAGGCAAGGCUGAGCCCCAGAGAGACAAUAUUUGGGAAAUCUGAACACAAGAAUUCUUCACCCACUUGUCAGGAGGAGGAGGAAGAUAUCAGAUAUAAUAUCGUUCAUUCCCUGCCUCCUGACAUAAAUGAUGCAGAACCAGUGACAAUGAUAUUCAUGGGGUAUCAGCAGGCAGAAGACAAUGAAGAAAACAAGAAGCUUCUGACAGGAUAUGAUGGGAUCAUCCAUGCCGAGCUGGUUGUGAUUGAUGAUGAGGAGGAGGAGGAGAAGGAGGAGGAGGAGGAUGAAGGAGAAGCUGAGAAACCAUCCUACCAUCCCAUAGCUCCUCAUAGUCAGGUGUACCAGCCAGCCAAACCAACACCACUUCCUAGAAAAAGAUUAGACGCUAGUCCUCAUGAAAACACAAAUCAUAAAUCUCCCCACAAAAAUUCCAUCUCUCUGAAAGAGCAAGAAGAAAGCUUAGGCGGUCCUGUCCACCAUUCCCCAUUUGAUGUUCAGACAACCGGAGAUGGUACUGAGGAUCCAUCCUUAACAGCUUUAAGAAUGAGAAUGGCAAAGUUGGGGAAAAAAGUGAUCUAAGAGGUGUACCGCCUACAUUAUCUUUGGAGAAGACACUAAGAAGCAUUUGCAAAUUUCUCUUCUGGAUAUUUUGUUUAUUUUUUCUAAAGUCCAAAAAGUUAUCAUUACAGUGUACCAUAUUAAGCCAUGUGAAUAAGUAGUAGUCAUUAUUUUGAAAAUUUCCCAAAAAGCUGGGGAGAACAAAUGUGUAACUUUUCCAGUUACUUGAUAUGAUUCAGUGGGGGAAAACCAGCAUUUUUUAUCGUAUUGAUACCAAAGCAUUUCUAAUAAGAGCUUGUUAAAUUUAAGAAUAAAGUUAUUUAAAAUAUUCUGAGUAUACCAUAUUAACUGGUAUUGUAAUUUUGAUGAUAUAAAGACUGGAAGAUCAUAGGAAAGCGUUUCACUUCAUCACAGAAAUAGUCAACUCUGACAAGUAAAUAUGUCGUCCUGAAUUAAUAAUACCUUUAUGAAAGUACAUCCUCCUGCUAAA